AUAACACCACUGCAGGAGUGUGAGUGUGUCCAGAGGAAGUCUCAGUUUGAGGAAGACACACACAGCGAUGGAAGAGGCAACUGUCAGCUGAAGGCAAAGCCAAGGUGCGUGCUCUGCUAUGAGUCUGUCGGAAAAGAACGUGGAGGGAGUAACUCCCUCUAAAACCAAGAGGCCAUGGAAACCUAAAGGAGACCCCAAGGAGAUUUCAGAGGAAUCCAGUGGUCUGUCUGUCUUGCUUCAGAAAGCAGAGCUGGAAACUAUAUUUACGCGGCUUGAGGCAAUCAUUGUCACUUUUGUGAAGAAGGAGCUGAAGAGAUUCCAGAAGGCAGUGAGUACAGAUCACCCAGAAAUCUUAGAGACUUCUUAUGAAGAGGGGAUGUAUGGUGUAGGUCAAGAUGAAGAGCAGAAGAGGAGCAAAGAGGCCUUUCUGAAGAUCACACAGCACUUCCUGAGGAAUAUGCAUCAAAACGAUCUGGCUGACUAUCUGCAAAAAAAAAUCGCCAUGUGCCAGCGUCAACUCAAGUCUAAUCUGAAGCAAAAAUGUCAGCGUUUGAAUGAGGGGGAUGGAAACCCAAAUCUUCUAAAUGACAUCUACACAGAGCUCUACAUUACAGCGCGAGACGAUGGAGGAGCCAACAAACAAAAAGACACAUCACUCGAAUGUGUGGACAUCUUUAAACCCUUACCUGGAAGGGAUCAGCCAAACCGAACGGUGAUGACAUGUGGAGUUUCUGGCAUUGGGAAAACAGUUUCAACUCAGAAGUUUAUUCUGGACUGGGCUGAAGGCCACUCCAACCAGGACAUAGAAUUCACAUUUCCGUUCACUUUCCAGGAGCUGAACUUGGUAAAAGACAAAAAGUACAGCUUGGUGAGACUUGUGCAUGAUUUCUUCAGGGAAACCAAGGAAGCAGAAAUCUACAGAUUUGACAGUUUCCGUGUUCUGUUCAUCUUCGACGGUCUGGAUGAGUGUCGACUUCCUUUGGACUUCGGCAACAAUGAGAUUGUGACCAAUGUGACAGAGUUGACCUCAGUGGAUGUGCUGCUGACAAACCUGAUCAGAGGGACGCUGCUUCCCUCUGCUCGCCUCUGGAUAACCACACGACCAGCAGCAGCCAAUCGGAUCCCUCGAGAGUUUGUUGACAUGGUGACAGAGGUGAGAGGGUUCACCGAUCCACAAAAGGAAGAGUACUUCAGGAGGAGAUUCAGAGAUGAGGAGAUGGCCAGCAGAAUCAUUGCCCACAUCAAGGGUUCACGGAUGCUUUGCGUCCUGUGCCACGUUCCACUCUUCUGCUCCAUGGUUUCUGAAGUUUUUGCGCAUAUUUUGACAACCACAGAAAGGGGAGAGCUGCCCAGGACUCUGACUGAGUUUUAUAUCCGCUUCCUGUUGGUUCAGUCUAAAGUGAUGCACUCCAAGUAUUAUAUGAAUGAUGACAUACCCCAACAUGAAUACCCUGUCUGGAACAAAACAACAAAGAAGAUGAUUCUGUCUCUUGGAAAACUGGCUUUUGAGCAGCUGGAGAAAGGCAACUUGAUCUUCUAUGAAGAAGACCUGCACAAGUGUGGCAUUGAUAUCCAAGAAGCCUCUGUGUUCUCAGGUGUGUUCACAGAGAUCUUUCGAGAGGAGAGAGGGCUGUUCCGGGAAAAGAUUUUCAGCUUUGUCCAUCUGAGCAUUCAGGAGUUUCUAGCUGCUCUUCACGUCUUCUUGACCUUCAACAACUCUGGUGUCAAUCUUUUGUCCAACAUGCCAGCCACCUCUUGGUGGCCUGUGAAACUCCGGCACAAACCUGCUGCAAAAGACUUCUACCAGAGAGCUGUGGACAUGGCCUUAAAGUCUCCAAAUGGACAUCUGGACUUGUUUCUUCGCUUCCUUUUGGGGCUUUCACUGGAGACCAAUCAGGCUCUCCUCCAAGGUCUGCUGAAACCAACUAGAAAUAACCCAAAGACAAUAAAGGAAACAGUCCAGUACAUCAAGGAGAAAAUCUGCGAGAAUCCCUCCCCAGAGAGAGGCAUUAAUCUGUUUCACUGCUUGAAUGAGCUGAAUGACCAUUCUCUGCAUGAGGGCGUCCAAGAGCAUUUGAGACGAGGGAAUCUCUCCACAGACCAACUCUCCCCUGCUCAGUGGUCAGCUCUGGUCUUCAUCUUACUGUCAUCAGAAGAAGAGCUGGAUGUGUUUGACCUGAAGAAAUACUCUGCUUCAGAGGAGGGUCUGCUGAGGCUGCUGCCGGUGGUCAAAGCCUCCAGUACAUCACUGUUAAAUGGCUGUCAGCUGACAGAGAGAAGCUGCGAGGCUUUGGCCUCAGUUCUCAGCUCCCGAUCCAGUAAUCUGAAAGAGCUUGACCUGAGUAACAACGACCUGGAGGAUUCAGGAUUGGAGCUGCUCGCUGUUGGACUGCAGAGCCCACACUGUGACCUCGAAACUCUCAGGUUGAAUGGCUGUCAGCUGACAGAGAGAAGCUGCAAAGCUUUGGCUGCAGUUCUCAGCUCCCGAUCCAGUAAUCUGAAGGAGCUUGACUUGAGUAACAACGACCUGGCGGAUUCAGGAGCGGAGCUGCUCGCUGUUGCACUGCAGAGUCCGCACUGUAGACUUGAAACUCUCAGGUUGAAUGGCUGUAAGCUGACAGAGAGAAGCUGUGAAGCUUUGGCCUCAGUUCUCAGCUCCCCGUCCAAUAAUCUGAAAGAGCUUGACCUGAGUAACAACGACCUGGAGGUGUCAGGAGCGGAGCUGCUCGCUGUUGGACUGCAGAAUCCACACUGUGGACUCAAAACUCUCAGAACCCCAAGUGUCACCGUUCUUAAACGGUAUGUCAGGAACUCUGAGAUCCAAUCCCUGCUUGACCUGAUUUACAACAACCGGAGGGAUUCAGGAGUGAAGCUGCUCUCUGUUGGACUGCAGAGUUCAAACUGUAGACUCAAAACUCUCAGGUUGAAUGGCUGUAACCUGACAGCGGGAAGCUGUAACACUCUAGCAUCAGUUUUGAGCUCCCCGUCAUACAGUCUGAGAGAGCUGGACCUGAGUGGCAAUGACCUGGAGGAUUCCGGAGUGGAGCUCCUCUCUGCCGGACUGAAGAGUCCAAACUGUAGCCUUGAAACUCUCAGACUGUCAGGCUGUCUGGUCACAGUGAAAGGUUGUACUGCACUGGUCUCUGCCCUGAGUGAAAACCCCUACCAUCUAAGAGAGCUGGAUCUGAGUUACAAUCACCCAGGAGAUUCAGGAGUAAAGCUGCUCCAUACUGCACUAGACGAUCCAACCUGGAGACUGGACACUCUCAGGGUUGACCAUGGUGGAGAAAAGAGGCUGAGAUUUGGCAGGAGAAAGUGGCCCUCUGGAAAGGUGAAGCUUGGAACCCUUGCAAGUGCAGUGGACUCCAGUGACUGGACCGAACUUGAACCUGUGGUCAACACAACUGAUGAGGAUCAAACCUAUAGCCUCCAGUCUGAUGCAGGUCGCUUUGAAUGCAGCGUGUCUGCCCUGCGCUGGGUUUGUAAAGAAAAGGUCAGCUUCAAAUACCAGUUCUGCUCAUGGGAGGAACUCGGGGAGAGGCCUUCAUGCAUGGAUUACAUGCCAGCAGGACCCCUACUGGACAUCACAGUCACAGCUGGGAAGUUGGAGGAGGUGCAUCUGCCACACUGGGUCUGUGUAGAUCAGAACUCCAAAAUGUCAGACAUGUUUGUAGUUCUGCACAUGGAUACCUGUGGAGAUGUUUUGGAACAAGUGUCUGAAGUGACAUCGUCCCACGUCAAGUUAGUCCAGCCAGUCUUCUCUCCACGAAUGGUCAUGAUCCGGAAGAUAUUCCGCUUGCCUGUCAAACUUUUCUACGACGUGUUGAUAUUCAUGAAAAUCCAAGAUGCCCUUACAUUGCAUGUUUACCUGGUGCCACCCGAUCCUGCUCUGCAAAAGGAAGUGGAAAAACAGCAAAACUCCUGUGGAUCCACAAAGAUCCUAAAACCAGGCCCAGACAAGUCCAUGCAGUUGGGAAGUAAUUUCUCCCUCACAACAGACAAGGCGGAUGCAAAAAUUCAACCCAGCACACGGGAGCUCAGAAAUGAUGGCAGAAAUUUAUUUGAGGUGUUCAUCAGAAAUGCAGACAGCGACUUCACCCUCAAGCUUGAGAGUGAGCAAAACACUGUCUGGACCUGUUCCAUUUACAAAGAGGACUACCAAAGUCAGAGCACUGAUCAUAAGCAAGCUGCCUCAGGUCAACAUUUCGUGGAUCGCCAUCGGACAGCUCUGAUUGAGAGAGUGUAUGAAACAGUAGCCAUCCUGGACGAGCUCUUGGAUAGAGAGUUGAUCUCAAAGGCGAGCUAUGAUGCUGUGACAGCUUUAAAAACCACACGAGACCAGAUGAGGGACAUUCACAGGUUUGUGACUGCAGCUGGAAACAAGGGCAAAGACGCACUUUAUGAAAUCCUAAAAGGGAUGAAGAGUAUGAGGCCUCUCAUUUCUGAGCUUGAGGGAUCUCGGUGAAAGAAUGUCUUAAGUUUGUUUCAGACCAAAGCAAGACAACGCUAGGCCUGAAAGCACCCUAAGAAACAGCAUCUGCAUUGCGUAGUUUGUCCACCAGAUGGUGCUGAUGAUUUUCUUGCUGUAGAAAGUCCUGCUUGAUUUUGGGCCAUGACUUUUUCACUUCUUUAAUAACCAAAGCUAAAGGUAAACUAAAAUGUUAUUUGUUUAUGUUGAGAAAGAAAUAAGUAUUUCGAUUGAUGUAUCGUAUUACAUUGUAUUAAUAUGGUUUGAAUGUAAAUGUAAAUUAAUUUGUCUUUUUUUCUUUGUGAAACCUGACCUUAACUUGAGAAUGUGUACAUACUGAGAUGCACUACAGAUGUAUUUGAUAUAAUAACAGAAAGUUUUUACUGUUUCCCUGCCCACAACAUGACUUAUUUACUGUAUUGUCACCUUUUAAAAACAGUAACUAAAUUUUUAAGUUGAAGCUUUUUUACCUGUGUAUAUAAUUUUUCUUUUUUUAAAUAAAUUUUACACCUGAUAA